AUGACAACCCGAGCCAUGAAAAAUGUUGAAAAGGCAUUCACAAGCCACGGGAAAUCCCUCGAUGAAAAUGGCAACGAAAUUAAAUCGCCAGACAAAAAAAAUGUUGAUAGAGGUUUCGAAAAAGCAGGGUCACCGGAUUCCGCGAAUAAAGAAAAUGGCCAUGAGGGGGUGGUGCAUCCAGGAAGGCCACAACAGGAGGAGAGAUUUGGGGAUCAGUACAGGAAGCCCAGUUUGGUAGGGAGCUUAUUUUACUCCAAUUUCUCCAAAGUCGAUCAUGGCCCACAAAAACAUCAUGAUAAGAAGAGAUGA